AUGUCUUGCAUAAUCAAUCAAUUAGGCUUGAACACCAAAGUUCCCUACCACUUCCUAUUCUACUCCUUGACCUUUGGAGGCACGGCAUUCUACUCGUUUGUUGUUUCCCCCUUGAUCUUCAAGGAACUCAGCAGGGAGGAGUUCAGCAAGGUCCAAUCCAAGGUGUUUCCUUGCUACUUCAAGUUUCAAAUUGGUGCGCCACUAAUUGUGGGAUUAUUGACUCCGUUGGCUUUUUGUCCUUUCAGUGUUGGCACACUUGUUGCUUCAUCCCUUGGCGGUAUUUUAAAUUUGUUUGUCUUUGAACCUAAAUGCAGCGUACUUAAAGAUGAGAGAAACAAGUUGACUAGUAUUAACAAGGAUAAGAAAGAGAAUGGCGAACCUAGUGACGAAAUGGCUGCUUUGAACAAGCAGUUUGGCAGAUGGCACGGUUUGAGUACUUUGGUCAAUUUGGUCUCGAUUGCUUCCCUUGGUGUCUACGGAUUGACCUUGGCUAGAGGAUUAAGCAAGCUCAAGUAA